CUAUGACAGCUGGGAUAGGCUCCAGCGCCCCCCGCGACCCUGGAAAGGAUAAGCGGAAGCAAAUGGAUGGAUGUAUUAAAGGUGUAGUGUGUAGAAUAUCACCACUAGAUGUCAGUAGAUUGCAAUCAACUGAGUUCUGUUUUCUUAAUCAUCCCAAUUUAAGUUCAUAAUCCUAGCUAUGGUGGCUGCUGUAGUGAGUGUAGGCUGCCAGUCCACUGUUUACCUUAGCUGUAAAUAUAUGUCCAUAUCUAUUUACUCUGGAGGAGGCUGUAAAACUGAAAGCUGAUGUGAGCUGAUGAGUCAGUGAAGCUCACUUCUGCCUCAUGACAGCAUUGCUGAGGUGAGUUGCUUAGAAUAUCCUGAACUUCCUUUUUUGCUGUUGAUAGCUGCUGUCAACUGGCAAUAUUGAAACUUUCUUUGAAGUGGAUCUAACAUUUUUGGACUCAAACACAUAGUAAAUAAACUCUUGUAUGAUGUGAAAAUGUAAUCAAACUGUUUAAUAGAGGGAAAGAAUUAUUUUUAGGACACCUGAGCCUAAAAUUAUCUGGCAUAAUGUUGGGUCAUAACCAGCUGGUUUUUUAGCUGGGUCAUUGUUAGCUGUCCAGAGAUGGGACAGUCGUAUGUAUGAUCUGGUGACAAUAAGAAAUUGAGACAAUAUUAGGACUAAACAAGCAUGUUUUCAUGUAUUAGAGGGAUGACUUCAGUUUCGGAGAUGAAGCUGGAGAUGAGAAGGAACUGGUUGAGGUGGAAAUGUGGAAGGAGGCAUAGGAGUGGUGGAGGAGGAGGCAGAUGAAUGGGUUAACCUUAUAUGUGGCUGGUCUCUAACCACAUACAUAAAAUUUGAUUAGGCAGAAUUGUGAUGUCCAUCUUGACCACUGUAUUCAAGAGGGUGGGCCAUAUACAAAUAGCACAAACAAAAAUAUAACAUCAAACGUGUUUAAAAAAAAGUCAAAUUGAGUCAACCCCUUAAAAGAGUGCCAAAGGCUUUAGCAAAUAAAUAUGUUUUAAGAACAGUUGUAAACUCAGAAAGAGAAGAGGCCUGCCUCACGUGCAAGGGCAGAUCAUUGCACAGUGAUCUGCCAGUCCAAAGACAUGCAGUUAAUGGGGUAAGGUUAGUUGAUAAUUGCCCUCUGAUCUGAACAUGAGUGUGAAUGGUUGUCUGUCUCUAAGUGUUAGUACCCUGGCCGAAUGGAGAAUAUAAAAAAUUGCACCUUUGAUAGCUGAAGACAUCUAUUUUUGUUGUUCUUUUUUUUUUUUUUUUUUUUUUUAAAUUGAAUAGCCUAUAUUUACUGUUCCUUUAAAUGAACAAGAGACAUCUUGAGAAAAGGGUUUGUUUUACGUUAAACUUCAUGCAUUUUUUUAGUGUGUUUUCCAUUUGAGCAUAAAAUCCACAGCUAUUUCUUUUCAGUAAUGCAAAAAUCACUUUGUCAGUAGUCUAAAAAUACAUUACAGUGGUACUAGCAUAAAAAUGUUAAUACUAUAUUAUUUUAAUACGAUAUUAAUAUACUAAACUAAUAUACUAAAGUAACAAAACUAAUUUGAAAUGUGCGCUUUAGAUUUAUUAGCGUCACAGAAUCUUUUAUUCUGAAACAAGGAGCCGGAAAUACACUAAAACACACCAGCGAAGAAGAGCACGAAGCUAGCUUGCCAAGCUAACCGGUUGUAGACAUCUGAUUGAAGAUAUAAACGUAUAUAAACCUUUCGAUUGAAUGGGGAAAAGAAUUAACCGUGUCGUUAACAGGCGUUAUAGCUGCUGUCGGUUUAUGAUUUGACACGGUGUCAACUGUGAAGAGAUUCCAACAUGUCUAUCCAGUUUGUGUAUAGCCAUCAGCACUUCGUCACUGAUGUGUAUCGGAUCAGUGGAAACAAUUCCGCAAAAAGCUCUGCAUCAACAAAGUUUGACACCGCCAUCCAAGGCGGCUGGGCAGACAGGAUGGCGCGGGGCAUAUUUCGCUACCAUCUGGGGGAUUUAAAAACACGGGUCCUGCUGGGUUCCCAUGGCUACGUGGCUCAGCUGAAUAUCCAACGAGGAAUACAGAGGAGAAAGCCUCAGGAGAUCCUGAGCAUUAAGCAGGAGUUCAGUGCCAAGCAGUUUAACUUUAACAAAAUUAAACAUGAUGAAAUCAUAUUUGAGAUGAUAAAGGACAAAAAAGGAUGUACACCUUUGACUAACAAUGCAGAGUGUCCUCAACCCCAGAAGAUGGUUGUGUUGGUCAAUGUUAGCCCUCUAGAGUUUGGACAUUGUCUCUUUGUCCCAGAUCCUGCUCACUGUCUCCCACAGAUCCUGACAAAGUUUGCAAUCCAUGUCGGCAUUGAAGCUGUGCUUCUGAGCUCUGAUCCCAGUUUCCGUGUGGGGUUCAACAGUCUGGGAGCAUUUGCAUCUGUCAACCAUUUACACCUCCAUGGAUAUUACCUAGACCAUCCCCUCAAGAUAGAGUCUAAGCCAGUUAAACCUUUAUGUCCUGAAAAGGGAUUUUAUCGAAUUUUGGACUUUCCGGCAGGCUUUUUGUUUUAUGCAGAAUCAGAGGAGGUGGAGAAAGUGGCCCAAACUAUCUGUGAAGUCACAGAUUUUCUUGUGAAUGAUAAUAUUGCUCACAACCUCUUCUUGACUAGAGGAAGCCCGCCAUGUGUUCAAACGCAAGGUGAAAAGGAUCUCUGUUCAAGAAAAGGUGUUCGCAUUGCUGUGUGGCCCAGAAUAUCCUGCUUCGGUGCCAAAGAGGAGGAUGCCUUUAAUGUUGCUCUAUGUGAACUGGCUGGACAUUUACCCUUUAAGAACAAAAAGGACUUUGAGCGCAUGACAGAGGAAGAUGUUGUUGAUGUAAUCCAGAGCUAUCUUUUGCCUGAAGAUGAGUUUCACCAGCUGGAACAGCAGCUUACUGAACAUUUAUUGUGUUCAUAAUGUGUGGUCAUUUUCAUCAACUCACAGCUGGGCUGGAAGGAUCUUAGACUUUUGAUGGUAUAAAUGGAUGAAUCUGGUUACUGGAUUUUGAAUUUAAUUGUAAAAACUGCACUACCGUACUGAAUGUGUGUCAGAAUCUUCCCUGUACACAUGUUGAGAUUUAUGAUAUUUACAAGAUAAAAUGUGCUUUAAUUGGUUAAUGAAUGUGUUUUAGCAAAACUGCUAUCAAAUAAAAUGAAUGUAUAAAAAGAA